AUGACGACGGGGUUUCUUCGCGAGGCGGUGAUCUCAGUCGCUGUAUGGUCAGCGGGCGAUUUCUUUGCGCAGUUCUACCACGCCCACCGCGAGGCGGCGCAAAGGCGCCUGGAAAGAGGGGAAAAGCGCAGUGGCGAAAGACCCUCCGCAGGGCAAAUGGCGGAGAUGCUAGACAAGCCCCGUGUGGGUCUUUCGGCGGCAUUUGGUCUAGCGAUAUCUCCGUUUGUUGUGCAGUAUCGCAGGUUGUGUAUUCGAUCACUGGGCCAUACAGAGAGGCGAAUGCUUGCAGCAUUUAUGACGCUUUCGGUCCAACAAUUUUUCAUGACGCCAUUGACGUUGCUUGCUUACCACAACGCCAUCACUGCCUGCCGUGGAGGUUUCACCUCCCCGAGCUUUCUCCGCGCACAUGAGACAAGUGCACAGACGGGAGGCCGCUACGACGCCAUGUCUGUGGAAAAGCGCAUUUUGUCAGAUUUGCUGCCAUUGACGCUUGUGGCCUCUUGGUUUGUCUACUUGCCACUGUACCUUCUUGCCUAUGCAUCGGCGAGGCACGCGCGUGGGGUGUGCGCUGCCGCCUGUCUCAUUCCCUGGACGGCAUAUGUCUCUCAUAUCCAGUCGACGCUAAUGCUGUGA